GAGCUUAAAUCUUUGUUGAAACGUUUGAAAAAUAUUUAACGACUUUACAACAAAUUGAUAUUGUACAAGUUCUUAGCGUUCUUUUCUUAUAGAUCAUUAUUUCUAUAUACCUUUUAUGUAAAAAUAAUUUUAAAAAAAGGAGUAUAUUAGUAUUGAAAAUUCCGGUUAAAAAUAUGUCAUAUAAUUUUGAAUAUGAAAUACUCGAAGCGAUUAGAAAUUUACUUAAAACAGAAACGGAUUAUAAUGUUAUUAUUCAAGUUGGAGAAAAACCUAAUUUUAAAGAAUUUCAUGCGCAUUCUAUUAUAUUACGUUGUAGGUCCAAAUAUUUUGAUAUAAUAUUUUCUGAUAAAAAUAUUGAGAGAAAAGAUGGAAAAUAUUUAAUUAAGAAACCAAAUAUUUCUCCUCAAGCUUUUAACACUAUUCUUAGUUACCUUUAUACUGGUCAAUUUAAUAUUACUAAUAAGACCGGAAUUGAACUUUUGGAUUUCAUGAUUAUUUCUGAUAGAAUGAUGUUGAAAAAUUUAACAAAUCUUACUGAAGAUUAUAUAGUUAAAAAUCAUCAACGAUUCAUGCAAAAUGAUCCAGUUAAAAUUCUCCAAGUUAUUUAUUAUCAUAAAUUUGUAAAUUUACAAGAAUUUUAUUUGAGUAAAAUUUGUGCUGAACCAAAAAUUUUAUUCGGUUCUGAUAAAUUCGUUAAAUUAUCCGCUCCUUUAUUGGAAAUUAUUUUAAAGCGCGAUGAUUUAAAUUUAGAAGAAAUUGAAAUCUGGGAAAAUUUAAUUAAAUGGGGUUUAGCACAAGAACAAGUACGUAAUCAAGAUGUCACUAAAUGGAACCAAGAUGAUAUUAGUAUCUUCAAAGGGGUUCUUUAUAAAUUUAUCCCUUUAAUUAGAUUUUAUGAAAUAUCUACUAGAGAUUAUUUCAACAAAAUUAAACCCUACGAAGAAAUUUUACCUAAAGAAUUAAAAGAUGAUAUUUUAAAAUCUUAUAUGGUUCCCGAAUACAAACCUAUAUAUACGCCAAGGAAUCUUAAUACUGACUCUACUGACUCUAUUAUGAUUAAUCGGGAACAUCUUAGACUCUUUUCAAAUUGGAUAGAUAGAAAAAAAGAAAAGGUUAACUAUAAAUUUAAUCUUUUAUAUAGAGCUAGCAGGGAUAGUAAUACAGCUGCAGCUUUUCAUGCUAAAUGUGAUAACAAGGGAGCUACUAUAGUUGUAGCAAAAAUUAAUUGCUCAAAUCAAAUAGUUGGAGGAUAUAAUCCAUUUUCUUGGGAUUCAAGUGACACUAAUAUGGCUUCAAAAGAUAGUUUUGUGUUCUCAAUUGCAGAUAAGAAUAAUAUUCAAGGUGCAAAUGUUGUUUACAGCAAUGGUAAUCAUUAUUCCAUACGAAGUUAUUCGCUAUUUGGACCAGCAUUUGGGUAUGAAGAUUUAUUUCUAAAUUAUAAUACUGGUCGGAAUAUUUGGAAUCAUUAUUAUAAUCACGUACAUAGUUCUUAUCCUACAUUUUACCUACCAAAACGUAUGAAAGUAGAUGAUUACGAAGUAUUUCAAGUUAUUAAAAAAUAACCAU